CCGAGAGAGAGAGAGAGAGAGAGAGAGAGAGGACUGUGAGCCAAGGUGGAAGAGGAGGAUCCAGCACGGUCUAGAACUCGCUUCCAUUGUUGGGAAUUGGGAUAGCUUGAAGGUAGGCCGCCCCAGCGAGAAGGGCAGCGUCAGAAGUAUAUGGUAGGAAGAAGAGGGUUGGGGAGCUUGGCUUCUUAAAAUUUUGCGACGCCCAUUGGUUCCUUCUUCCGCUUUCCUCCCCCCUGCCAGCAAGUCCACGGCAGGCCAACGAGAGAGCGAACUAAAGGGAGAGGGCGGGGUCGCUUCACCUAAAGCUCGACGAAAGCCCACUGCCCACAAGCCAUGGCAGAGAGAAGCAGCGUCGAUGCUCGCCAGCAACACUCCGCCAACGCCCUCCCUCACCUCCACAGAGAGACCGAACUCAUGGAGGGUUCAAGACGCAGGUCAGGUGGACAAGCGAAGAGGAAGGCUGCCAAUUCUUCGUCGUCGGCUUCUUCGAAGCGUUCCGCCAAGGAAAGAGCUCCGCCUAUUCUUCCUCCUUUACACAACGGCCCUUGCACUAGAGCCCGCCAGUCUCCUAACAAGUUUCCUGGAGGAUCUUCUGCUGCAAAUAAGCAAGAAUUCUCUCAAGGGAUGCAGGAUGUAACGGAGGUGCUAGACGACGCUCAACAGAAGCAGGAAGCCGAGGAUCAGAUGCACAAACCCCUGGUUGACACGGAGUUGGAAGCGGUUAGAUCCCGGGAUGCCAAUGUCCAUGUCAUUCCUGUACCUGCUGGUUGGUUUUCUUGGACGAAGGUUCAUCCACUAGAGGAGAAGGCUUUGUCCUCAUUUUUUGAUGGAAAAUCCGAAACUCAAACAUCUGAAAAGUACUUAGAAUUGAGAAAUCUAAUAAUGAAGAAGUACCAUGUGAAUCCUCAAUCACAAAUAAGUUUGAAGGAUUUAUCUGACCUUAACAUUGGGGAUGACAAAGCGAAAAAAGAGAUAAUGGAAUUCUUAAGUAGCUGGGGUUUGAUAAAUUUCCAUCCACUUCCACCACCCAACACUGAUAUAACUUCUAACGGGGUUGAUGAAACUGCUGAGGUGACAUCUUUGGUUGAAAAACUCUGCCAAUUUCGCAUGCAUCCAGUUGCAAAGGUAAAUAGGCAGAAGAGCUUGGCUGCUCCAACUUUGGUGUCUGGGAUCCUUCCAGAAUCUGCUAUUCCAGAUGCAUUGCUUCCACAGGAAGGUCCAGCAGUAGAGUACCAUUGUAACUCUUGCUCUGCUGAUUGUUCUCGCAAGCGUUAUCACUGCCAGAAGCAGGCAGAUUUUGAUUUGUGUUCUGAAUGCUAUACUGAUGGAAAAUUUGGAUCUGGGAUGACAUCAGCUGAUUUUAUCCUUAUGGAACCUGGAACAGAAAUGUCAGGCACAAGUAGUGGAAGUUGGUCAGACCAGGAGACCCUGCUUCUUCUUGAAGCUCUGGAGCUUUAUGGAGAGAACUGGAAUGAAAUUGCUGAGCAUGUUGCCACGAAAACCAAGGCUCAAUGUUUCCUUCAUUUUGUCAGAAUGCCUAUUGAAGAUGUUUUUAUAGAAAGGGAGGACACUUCCGAUGUAACUAGUCCUCAUGUACCAGAUUCUGCUGCAGUUGACAAAGAUCCACCCGUUGCACCUGCUACAGGAAGUUCUUUAGAUCCUCCAAAAGCUGCUUCAGAGCAGCCUGACACUCCUUCAGAGCAAGUAAAAAAUGACUCAGAACCAUCUCAAGCUGAAAAUGGAACAGCUGGUGAGCAGCCAACACCACUGCCACCGCCACCUCCUUCUGAUGCUGUUAAACCAAGUGAUGAUGGUUAUGUCGAUGAUGCUCAAGAAAAUCAUAAUUUUGCAAUUGAUGCAUUAAAGGCUGCAUUUCAGGCAGUUGGUUCAUCAUUUGAACCAGGAGGUUCACUUUCAUUUGCAGAUGCUGGGAAUCCUGUCAUGGCAUUGGUUGGUUACUUGGCGGCCCUGGUUGAUCCUGAUGUGUCUGAUGCUUCAGUGCGGAGCUCUCUAAAAGCAUUUCAUGAGGAUUCACCAGGAAUUCAGCUUGCCUCCAGGCACUGUUUCUUCCUUGAAGACCCACCAGACAGCAGUGAGGGUUUGGCUGCGUGCAAGAGUGAUACCACUGAAGCGAUUGAAGCUGAGCCCCACAAGGAAGAAAAAGAAGCGUCAGCCACAGAAGGUGGUCCAAUAUGCAAUGACUCAACAAAUAAAACUGAUGAGAAUGUGGUUACAGAGGCAAAAGAUCCAUCCACAUCCCCACAGGAAUGUACAGAAAAACCUGAUGUUGCAAAUGAAUCAAAUGAGACAGAAUCAACCAAGGAAGCUUCAUCAAAUCUAGAGGAUAUAAAACCCAUGGACAUAGAUCCAAAUUCUGUUCGUCCAAUGGAGGAAGACGCUAAAGCAACAGUUGCUUCUGAGAAGACCGUUGAAACAAAUUCUAAUGCAGUUGACAAUGAAAUGAAAACAACUGUGACUACUCCUGAGACGGAUGCUAACUCUUGUAAAGUUGAAGAUGGGCCUAAGGAUUCAAAGGAUGCACAUCCUAAAGAUUCAAACGAUGCACAUCCUAAAGAUUCAAACGAUGCACAUCCUAAAGAUUCAAAGGAUGCACAUGUGAGUGCUGGAUCAACCGAUGCCACUGCUUCCAGUAAAACCAGUGUCUGCUCUACUAAUGCCACUGCUUCUAGUAAGGUCAGGCGUGCUGCGAUUGCUGCACUUUCAGCAGCAGCUGUGAAGGCGAAACUUCUUGCAGACCAGGAAGAAGAGCAAAUUCGUCAGCUCUGCUCUUUUGUCAUUGAGAGGCAGUUACAUAAGUUGGAGUCCAAGCUGGGACUUUUCAGUGAUAUAGAAAGAAUAUACAUGAGACUUCGUGAACAGAUAGACAGAGCAAGACAGAGACUUAUGCUUGAACGCAAUCAAAUAAUAGCAGCACGGUUUGGUUUACCUGCCUCUAUGCCUAGGAUGGGCUUCCAGUCAACACAAACUCUAAGAUCUUCUAUGACCAACAAUGCUGCUUUCCGUGGGCCAAUGAAGACAUUUUCGUCAUCUUCAAUUAUUCCAGGUUCAUCAGCAGGGGGUUCAGUACCUGGGUUAAGUCAAACAAGCAUUUCUUCUGCUGGAGGAAAUUUAGGACCUGCCAAAUCAUAGUGACAUAGCCAAGAAGGCUUGCUUAUUUCCAUAGUGGGUCACAACUUGUUGGCUGUCAGCUGCAUCAAGCUGUUUUGGCAACUAGGUUUUUGAAUUUUUGCUCAAAUUGGAGCACAGGAUAUAAUUGAUGAAUGUUGGUGCGGGGCUUCUGUUGUAAGGAGUCAGAGCUGGGUAUUUGAAGAUCGAGAUGUGCUGUUGAUUGUAGCUGCUAUUGACAGUCUUUUCCAGCAAAUUCAAGAUGACCGUGGAAGAUAAAGAUUUGUCAAGGGAGUUAAGCAGACAACACUGAAUCAUAUGAUUCCCAUGAGUGGACGAGGGAAUGAGGAUCUUUUGCGGCUUCGGUGUACUGCCAUCAAUGAAGCCAAGUUUGUUGUUGGCUAAAAGCGCCAUAUCAUUGCUUGGCACCACCUCUAGCCGUCAUUAGUCAGCCGUUGGGAAACAAGCACAGUAUAUAUAUAUAUAUAUAUAUAUAUAUGUAUGUAGGUGAUGCAAAGAAUUGGUUACAGCAAAAAGAAAAGCCAUCAGGGGAAAUAAGAAUACUCCCCCAGGAGGAUUCCUCCAAAAACAAAAGUCACGUAACUUCCCCCAAAACAUAAACUUCAGACUAACGAUAAUCACUGCAGCCAUCCCUUUCCCAAUAUUUAAGGAGAAACCUGCCCACCUUUGCAGUCGGGCUGGAGUUGAGAAUUGUCACGCAAAAGAUGUGGUCAUGCAAGGCUCUCCACUUGUCUGGCAUGGGCCUUCUACCCUCCAUCAGACCUCUGAGGCGACGCUUCCAUUCUGCACUAUUUCCUAGAGAUGAUCCUUUCAGGCACCGGGACCGCCUUCUUACUGUCCAACCAAUGGAUCCGAAACGACAAUUCUGCUGCAUCUCCAUGAUCGCUACCCUUAAGAGUUAGGACUCCUCAUUGUCAUCCCCGCUGCAACCAAUAUUCUCUUGCUUUUCUGAUUUUUCUGGUGCUUUUUCCAUACAAUUGUUUUCUUUAUUCGCGGGUCAGCCCGCAGCGCCAAGCUUUGUAAUAACGACACC